AUGUUCUUUCUUUCCUUUACUCUUUCUUUCUCUGAUUCUUUCUUUCUCACUUUUUCUUUUCUCUUUCUUGCUUUUCGCUUUUUUCUUUUUCUCUUUUCUCUUUUUCCCUUUUCUUUCUUUCUUUCUUUCUUUCUUUCUUUCUUUCUUUCUUUCUUUCUUUCUUUUUCUCUCUUCUCUCUUUUCCUUUAUCUCGUCUCUCUUUUUCUUUUUUCUUUCUCACUUUCAUUCUCAUUUUCUUUUCUUUCUCUUUUUCUUUUCUUCAUUAAUCACGCAAUCUUUCUUUUUCCUGAAAAACUUAUUUUCUUUACAUGUUUCUUUUUUUUUUAUCAAUUCUAUUUUCAUUUCAAAAACCUUUCUCGUUUGUCCUACGUUUAUUCUGUCUUUUUCUUUUCCUUCUAUUUCUCUCUUUUGCUUUACUUGCUCUCUUUAUUCUUUUUUACAUCGUUUUACAGUCCCAUUUUCUUUGUUCCUCUACGUCUCAGUCGUCCCUUUUCUCCGUUUUUUCUCUCUUUUCUUUGA